UUCUCUUUUUAACGCCUACUUCCUCCUCCUCCUUCACCUCUCUUUCUUUAUCUUUGUGUCUUUCUCACUGUCUGAGACCAGUAGCUUGAGAAAUAUUGCUUUAGUCUUGAUUUUGGAUCUUUUGUUGAUGAUGUAUAUGUGUGGAUAAGCGGCAUACUGUACUGCUGAAGACUAAUCUGCUUACAGUGGAGGAAACACAACUUGUUUGACCAGGAGGUUUCCGGGCUUGGAUGAGAGCCAGGCAGCAGUGAGAGGCCACACCCUCCAUCAGCGCAGUCAUGCCGCCCCCAGCAGACAUCCUGAAGGUGGCCAUCGAGUGGCCGGGGGCCUUUCCCAAACUCAUGGAGAUAGACCAGAAAAAGCCUCUCUCAGCCAUCAUUAAAGAAGUCUGUGAGGGGUGGAACUUGCCGAACCCUGAAACCUAUGCCUUACAGAAUGCUGAUUCCACCAACUUCUAUGUCACCGAAAAGAAUCGCAACAACAUCAAAAACGGCUCCAUCCUGCGGCUUACUACAUCUGCUGCCCAGAUGGCCCAGCAGCUGCACGAGCGCAUCCAGUCCUCCAGUAUGGACAUGAAGCUGGACGCUCUGAAGGAUCUGGCCAGCUCUUCACGAGACAUCACCUUUGCUCAGGAGUUCAUUAACCUCGACGGCAUCUCGUUGCUCACACAGAUGGUGGAGAGCGGCACAGAACGGUAUCAGAAACUACAGAAGAUAAUGAAGCCCUGCUUUGGUGACCUGCUCUCCUUCACACUGACCGCCUUCGUGGAGCUCAUGGAUCAUGGCAUUGUCUCCUGGGACACCUUCUCUGUGGCUUUCAUCAAAAAGAUUGCCAGUUAUGUCUGCAAAUCUGCCAUGGACACUGCAGUGCUGCAGAGAUCUCUGGCCAUCCUGGAAUCCAUGGUACUCAACAGUCAAGAUCUCUACCAGAAGGUGGCUCAAGAAAUCACCAUUGGCCAGCUCAUUCCUCACCUACAAGGGACGGAUCAGGACAUUCAGACUUACACCAUCGCAGUGAUUAAUGCAUUGUUCCUCAAAGCCCCUGAGGAAAAAAGACAGUUUGACGAGGACAGUAUGAACAUCCUUGAUUGUCCUCUAACAGAGAUGGCUCACAUUUUAGCACAGAAGCAGCUGCGUUCAAUCAUCCUCAGUAAUGUGAUCAGGAGUAACAAACCCAUCAAUGAUGAGAUGGCCCACCAGCUUUAUGUGCUGCAGGUCUUGACCUUUAACCUCUUGGAGGACCGCAUGAUGACGAAAAUGGACCCGCAAGAUCAGGCUCAGAGGGAUAUCAUUUUUGAGCUGCGUAGGAUCGCUUUCGAUGUUGAGUGCGAUUCCAACAACAGCGGCAGUAUUGAGAAGCGCAAAUCCAUGUACACCAGAGACUACAAAAAACUGGGCUUUAUCAAUCACGUGAACCCUGCGGUGGACUUUACUCAGAUUCCUCCAGGGAUGUUGGCUCUGGAUAACAUGCUUUACUUUGCCAGGCACCAUCAGGACGCCUAUAUCAGGAUUGUUCUGGAGAACAGCAGUCGAGAGGACAAGCACGAGUGCCCAUUCGGUCGCAGUAGUAUUGAACUGACAAAGAUGCUGUGCGAGAUUCUCAGAGUUGGAGAACUUCCCAGCGAGAACUGCCAUGACUUCCACCCCAUGUUUUUCACUCACGACCGCUCGUUUGAGGAGUUCUUUUGCAUCUGUAUUCAGUUACUUAACAAAACUUGGAAAGAGAUGAGAGCCACUUCUGAGGACUUCAAUAAGGUGAUGCAGGUGGUGAAGGAACAGAUCACUCGUGCUCUCACCAUCAAGCCUAACUCUCUGGAUCAGUUUAAGGGUCGUCUGCAAAAUCUAAGCUACACUGAAAUCCUCAAAUUACGACAGUCCGAGAGGAUGAACCAGGAGGACUUUCAAUCGCGGCCCAUCCUGGAGCUUAGAGAGAAAAUCCAGCCAGAGAUCAUGGAGUUGAUCAAACAGCAGCGCCUCAAUCGCCUGUGUGAGGGCACCUGCUUCCGGAAGAUAAGCAGCCGAAGGAGACAGGAUAAGUUCUGGUACUGUCGAUUGUCACCUAAUCAUAAAGUCCUGCACUACGGAGACCUGGAGGAGAGUCCUCAGGGAGAAGUACCCCAUGAUUCCCUACAGGAAAAACUUCCUGUGGCUGAUAUCAAAGCUGUUGUCACUGGUAAAGACUGUCCACACAUGAAGGAAAAGGGAGCUCUGAAGCAGAAUAAGGAGGUGCUGGAGCUGGCUUUCUCUGUCCUCUACGAGUCUGACGAGUAUCUAAACUUCAUUGCCCCUGACAAGCAUGAGUAUUGUGUGUGGACAGAUGGGCUGAAUGCACUGCUGGGGAAGGAGAUGACCAGUGAGUUCACUCGCUCAGACAUGGACACUCUCCUCAACAUGGAGAUGAAGCUCCGCCUCCUCGACCUGGAGAACAUCCAGAUUCCUGAAGUCCCACCCCCCAUCCCUAAAGAGCCAAGCAAUUAUGACUUUGUUUAUGACUGCAACUAAUCUCCUUUCACUGGACUGACUGAUUUUCCUUAAAUGCAUACUGGAAGAGACUUUUAAAAAAGGACAACUUCUUUCCUGCUAAAAGUUGGCUCUUUUGUGCACCUAAUCACAAUGGAUUUUCUGAACUUAAUGGACUUCGCUUCAAGGCCUACAAAAAAUCUGGUCUGUUUAAAGAACCUCGACACAAACUGGUCCUCAGGUCCUAAACCACUAUAGUUUUGUCAGUCAACUCCAAACAUUUAUUCAAACGGUCACAUUCCUCAAACCUGCUCACCUGCUCUGGCUUCAAAAUUGCUUUGUCAAAAAUCUGUCACAUCGUAAAAUUAAGGCUGUUCUGAGCGGGAUGCUCCUUGUUGAGUGUGCAGAAGGUUCUCACUCCAACAAGCGGCAGCUAACUUCAAAGCUGAGACGGUAGUGCUAGCUAAGUCAAAGUUAGUUCCAAGUAUUUCAUUCCUGCCUCAUAUACAAUAGACUGUUAAACAGGUAGCUUCGUGCAAGAGGUUGUCUUUUGUCUUAAACCAUACCUGCUUUGUGCAUCCAUUGUUAUCAUUGUCUGACUCUAACGCAGGCAUGUAAAUAAAGCUCUUUCCUUCACUCAACAUCAACAGACUCAUGGCAGACUGCUGUAACAUUCCAAAGCAAUAUUGAGCUUCUGAUUUUGUAAGCUGGUAUAAACUUUUGUGAUAUUUGUGAUUGCUGCCAAGUAGUCAGUAUUAUACAUUUUUGUGUGUUAAGGAAUUUGUAUUUUUUCGGGCCGUCAAAUUAAUUUUAACUUUCAUGUUUAAUUUAAUUUAAGAUUGGGGUAUUCUAAUUGGUAUGAUUUAUUUUUCUCCCCUCAGAUGUUUGUUAUAGGUUUAAGAUCACGACAUCCUGCUGUUUACAUUAAAGAUUGAUUCCAAUUCAGGUUUUGGUUGUAUCUCUGUCACCCCAGUGACUGUUAUUUUUAACAUUUCAAGUGUUGGUGUCAUAUAGAUACUUGUGAAUAUUCUUCAAAAGCUACUGGUGUGAAAUGCCAGUAUAUCCUAGUGGUAAUUGGGAAAUAACAUGAUUAUGUAAUUUCCCAAUUAACACUUUUUGUUCUUCUUCUAUUUAACAAUGAUUUAGUUUUAUUUUCUUUCUUUCUUUCUUUGUGUGUGUGUGUGUUGUUUUUUUUUUUAUCAACAGCUUUCAUCAACAGCUAUCAUCAGCAGUCACUUAUGUAAAUUAGUCCUGCAGUGUGGCAAAUUAAUUUAAUAAAAAUACCAUGUAGUCUCUAAUCUGAUGUCAUAAAAAUGGCAUAAUAUGAUACAUUACUUCAAAACAUAUUUAAAAUAGCUUUAGAUAAAGUAAAACAGUCACAACUAUAUCAGUAUAUAAAACAAAUAUUCAGUAUGAAUUUGUGGGUGCCACCACUGAUAAGCAAAGAUAUACAGAAGUGUUUAUUCAGGGCUUUCACUGUUGUAUCGUAUUACACACCAAAGUAUUUAAAGGGAUAGUUAACCCAAAAAUUUAAAUGAUCUCAUCAUUUACUCACCCAGAUGUGUAUGUCUUUCUUUCUUCUUCAGAACACACCCACAUAGCUCAGCUCUGUAGGUUCGUACAAUGCAAGAGAAUGGUGGCCAGAACUUCGAAGGUUCAAAAACACAUAAAAGUAAUCCAAAAGACUUCCAGUGGUUAAAUCCAUAACUUCAGAUGUGAUAUGAUUGGUGUGGGUGAGAAAUACCUCUGUAUGGGUAAUAACAGGCCCAGGGUGGCAGUUAUGUUGUUUCGAAGAAAAUCCACAUCCAACACUGACAAAUAAAUUAAGUUUAAAAUAGGCAAAAAUAAUAUAAAAAUUGGAACGUAAACGUGCUUUAUGG